AUGGUUAAAUUUUCACUCAAAAUACAAGGAGAAUUAUCAAACGUAACAGACCUACAGCCACUAGACACAGCGGAGUCCCCUUAUGAAUAUACAUUUCAAAUAGAAUGUACAAAGUGUAGAACAAUACAUGAUAAAGAUAUACAAAUAAAUAGAUUUGAAAAACAUGAAAUAUCAGGAUCAAGAGGUGAAGCAUCAUUUGUAUUUAGGUGUAAAGAAUGUAAAAAUGAACAUUCAGCUUCAAUUGCAAGAACUAAUGAUUCAUUAACUAUAGGUAAUACAAAACCUGUUAGUAUAUUAGAAAUUGAUGCAAGAGGUAUUGAUUUUAUUAAAUUCAUACCUGAUGGGAAAUUUCAAUGUGUUGGAGAAGAAACCGGAACCAAAUUUGAUGAAGUUGAUUUGGAAGAUGAUGAGUGGUAUGAUGUAGAUGAAAAAACUAAUGAUGAAGUAUCAAUUGUUGAUGUCAAAUGGAGUAUAACGAGGUCUUGA